GAAAACUUAUUGAGAACACAAAUGUAUUUUUUUUUUUUUUUUGUCUUAAUUUAUGUGAAUUAGCUCAAAAUAUAAUGAUUUUAAUAUUUAAUUUUGACUAUAAUUUUCAUAUACAAAUACUUUAAAUAUACAUUUGAAAAUUACACAUAAAAAAAUAAAUUAAAUAUACCUAGUAAUUCAAAAUUUUAAAUUAUUAUUAUUAUUUUUUUAAAAAAAACAAAUAAUAAAUAUUUUUAUUAUUUAAAACUCUAACAAUUAUGGUAGCUCCUUUACUACCCUGAGACUCAUUUUCAAUUCACCUGAGAAACUCAGUUGAUAUCCAAAACCCCAAACCCUAGCCGCCGUCAUCGCCGCCGCCAUGUUCGACGACGGAUUUUCAGCUGAGAAGCUCUUCAACCAAGGCUACUCCUACACAUACGAUGACGUCAUCUUCCUCCCUGGCUUCAUCGACUUCCCUACCGACGCCGUCAACCUUUCAACCAAGCUCAGCCGGAAUAUCGACCUUUCGAUACCUUGUGUUGCUUCACCUAUGGACACCGUAACGGAAACUUCAAUGGCUGUUGCUAUGGCAGCUCUAGGUGGUAUAGGUAUUGUUCAUUAUAACAAUACCAUUGAUCAACAAGUUGAUGUUGUUCGUUUUGCUAAGGCGCAUCAAUUUCCUUUUGUAUCUGAAUUGAUUUUUGUUAGUCCUUCAGAAUCCAUUCACUGUGGUGAUGAAUUUGGCAAAUCUCAAACUAUUUUUGUUACCGAAACUGGGAGGAACGAUUCUUCGCUAUUGGGAAUCGUGACCAAGUCUGAUUGGGAGAGGUUGAGUGAUAGUGAGAAGGAAGGUAGGGUUUCGGCUUACAUGGAGGUUAAUCCGGAGACUCUGCCUUCGAGCUAUAAUUUUAAGGAUGUAGCGGGCUGUAUAGCAUCUAAAAAACUGAAGUUUGUACCGUUGGUGAACGAGGAUGAACAAGUGGUUAAUUUGGUUACGGCUGAUGAUGUGGAGAGAAUGAAUUCGCUUCCUAAAUUAGGUUUACCGUCUUUAGGGAAAGACGGGAAGUUUUUGGUAGGGGCAGCUGUAGGGACGAGGGAAUCGGAUAAAGAGAGGUUGGAGCAUUUGGUGAAAGCGGGGAUUAACGUGCUUGUGAUUGAUAGCUCACAAGGGAAUUCGGAGUAUCAGAUUAAUAUGAUCAAGUAUGUGAAACGUACUUAUCCUAAUUUGGAUGUGAUUGGUGGGAAUGUAGUUACGAAGUAUCAAGCUGCGAAUUUGAUUAAGCAGGAUGUUGAUGGAUUGAGGGUCGGGAUGGGAUCAGGGUCCAUUUGUACUACUCAAGAAGUUUGUGCUGUCGGUCGUGGACAGGCGACUGCUGUCUACAAGGUGUCAUCAAUUGCCGAGCAGCAUGGUAUCCCCGUCAUUGCUGAUGGUGGAAUUUCUAAUUCUGGCCAUAUCGUGAAGGCGUUGUCGCUUGGUGCAUCAACUGUCAUGAUGGGAAGCUUCUUAGCUGGAAGCAAUGAAGCUCCUGGCACAUAUGAAUAUAAGAAUGGUCUCCGUGUGAAGAAGUAUCGAGGUAUGGGAUCCCUAGAAGCAAUGACAAAAGGGAGCGAUGCAAGAUACUUGGGUGAUACGGCUAAACUAAAGAUUGCUCAGGGUGUUGUUGGUUCAGUUGCCGAUAAGGGUUCUGUUCUGAAGUUCGUUCCUUAUACAAUACAAGCUGUAAAACAAGGAUUCCAGGAUCUAGGUGCUUCCUCCAUGCAGUCUGCUCAUGAGCUCUUAAGAUCAGGCACAUUGAGGCUCGAGGUUCGAACAGGAGCAGCACAAGUCGAAGGAGGGGUUCAUGGUCUCGUCGGUUAUGAGAAGAAAUACUUCUGAUUUAGUUGUUAUUGUAGAGUAAUGUAAGCAAUUAUUACUUGAUGCAAGCCAAGUUUCUUGGUGUUAAACCUUUAAACUAUAAAUUUCAGGUCAAAUCUUGGGGGCUCUA